UCUGAGUGAUAGGGUUACAGAUGUGUGUCAACACACUCAGCUUUCUGGGAUAGAAAAUAGAUCAUGAAAAUGAGAGAACUUGACAGAGACAAUGACAGUAUGCAGUCUGUCAGACUAGAUUUAGAAUGAAGUGUGUGUGUGUGUGUGUGUGUGUGUGUGUGUGUGCGCACAUGCGUCACGCACUAAGAGAUUUAAGAAAGAUGAAUGAGCUAACAGUGGAAAAUUCUGAAAUAAAAAGAAUAUAAGUUUAGUAAAUGGUGAUAGGCUUUUAUUGUGUUGAUAGAUAAGAGGAGAGGUUAUUUGACAAGAGCACAUUGUGGGGUCUAAGGCUUAGAGGCAUAGGAGAGAUUUGGAACUGAGAAGAACUAGCCAGGAAUGAGUAGAAGUUUUACCAGAUACUAUUGGCAGAUAAGCUGUAAUCAGAUAUGGUGAGUUUGUAUUGAAACUGAUGGGUAUGAUUAAAUGACUUCAGUAGCAAUGCUCAGGUCAUCGGGAGUGGAAACAAAUAAAGUCUGAGAUUUGGCUCCACGUGGGCUCUCGUAAACAAAGGCCAUCAGUUCUGGGACCUGAGGGAAUUGGGGGAAGGAUUGUUCUGGUAUAGAUAUGACUACAAAUGCAAUGACAAACCUGGAAGUACAGAGUGGCCAGGGAGACAAAUAUUGUUAAAGAAAGUUGAUAGACCAGGAAAACAGGGAGUUACUAAGUAACCAGUGGACACAGAAGAAGAAAUUCUAGGUUGAAGGAGCAAGAAGGAUAGUUGAAAAGGUCAGGCAGAGAACUUAAGAGCUAAAAGAGUUAGGAGACAAAGCAAACACAUUCUGGGCACAGAUGAGGACCUAGUUGUGACCCUGACGCUGAGAAGCAAAGUCUCCAGGAGCUGAGGUCGGUGUGAAGCUGAACAGAAGGUCUGCAAGCAGAUACAGGACAGAGCAGCGGCCAUUCACAAGGAUGCUGAAGCUCCUGAGGAGACGCAGAUCGCCCAAUGAGCUGCUAAGUCGCACAUCUCUGGAGACCCAGAAGUUGGAUCUGAUGACUGAGGUGUCUGAGCUGAAGCUCAAGCUGGUUGGUAUGGAGAAAGAACAGAAAGAACAAGAAGAAAAACAGAGAAAAGCAGAGGAGUUACUGCAAGAGCUCAAGCACCUCAAAAUCAAGGUGGAGGAGCUGGAGAACGAGCGGAACCAGUAUGAGUGGGAACUGAAGGCCACCAAGGCUGAGGUAGCCCAGCUGCAAGAACAGGUGGCCCUAAAAGAUGCAGAAAUUGAGCGUCUCCACAGCCAACUCUCCCGGAGUGCAGCUCUCCACAGCGACCAUGCAGAUCGAGAUCAAGAAAUCCACCGUCUGAAAGUGGGGAUGGAAACACUGCUGGUUGCCAAUGAGGAUAAGGACCGUCGGAUAGAGGAGCUGACGGGGCUGUUGAACCAGUACCUAAGGGUAAAGGAGAUUGUGAUGGGGCCUUCAGAAAGAACCCUCUCCAUCAAUGAAGAUGAAAUAGAGGGAAGCUUCCGAAAAUGGAAUACCACAACUAAAAGCCCGGAGGAAGUCCUGAAGCAAGAGAUAUCACCACGAUGCAGCUCUCCCACCCCAGGACCACCUCCUUUGCCACAGAAAUCGUUGGAGACCAGGGCUCAGAAGAAACUCUCCUGUAGUCUAGAAGACUUGAGACGUGAAUCUGGGGAUAAGUGUGUCGAUGGGAACCAGCUGUCCCCGGUGGGAGAGCCCAAGGACAGCUCUUUCCUAGCGGAGCAGAAAUACCCCACAUUACCUGGGAAGCUUUCAGGAGCCACACCCAAUGGAGAAGCUGCCAAAUCUCCUCCCACUGCCUCCCUCCAGCCUGACUCUUCAGGGAGCAGCCAACCAAAGCUGAGAGACACAGAAGGAGGUUGGGAAGAUAUAGUCAUGGCCAAUGAACUCUCAUCUGCUUCGUCUGGUACUGAGUCAAGCCCCCAGUCUCCCUUGACACCAGAUGGCAAACGGAGCCCCAAAGGCAUUAAGAAAUUCUGGGGGAAAAUCCGAAGAACUCAGUCUGGAAACUUCAAUACUGAUGCACCGGGUAUGGCAGAGUUUCGACGAGGUGGGCUCCGAGCGACUGCGGGGCCAAGACUUUCUAGGACCAGGGACACCAAGGGACAGAAAUGUGAUGCCAAUGCCCCCUUUGCCCAGUGGAGCACAGAACGUGUAUGCGCAUGGAUGGAGGAUUUCGGCCUGGGCCAGUAUGUGAUCUUUGCCAGACAGUGGGUGACAUCUGGACAUACACUACUGACAGCUACCCCUCAGGACAUGGAAAAGGAGCUAGGGAUUAAACACCCCCUCCAUAGGAAGAAGCUGGUUUUAGCAGUAAAAGCUAUCAACACUAAGCAAGAAGAAAAGUCUGCGCUGCUGGACCACAUUUGGGUGACACGGUGGCUUGAUGAUAUUGGCUUACCCCAAUACAAAGACCAGUUUCAUGAAUCAAGAGUAGAUGGACGAAUGCUACAAUACCUAACUGUGAAUGAUCUACUCUUCUUAAAAGUCACCAGCCAACUACAUCAUCUCAGCAUCAAAUGUGCUAUUCAUGUGCUACAUGUCAACAAGUUCAACCCCAACUGCCUGCACAGGAGGCCUGCUGAUGAGAGUAACCUUUCCCCUUCCGAAGUUGUGCAGUGGUCCAACCACAGGGUAAUGGAGUGGCUGCGAUCCGUAGACCUGGCAGAGUAUGCACCCAACCUUCGAGGGAGUGGCGUCCAUGGUGGCCUCAUUAUCCUGGAGCCCCGCUUUACUGGGGACACCCUGGCUAUGCUUCUUAACAUCCCUCCACAGAAGACGCUCCUCAGGCGCCAUUUGACCACCAAGUUCAAUGCCCUGAUUGGUCCUGAGGCAGAACAGGAAAAGCGAGACAAAAUGGCCUCACCCGCUUACACACCUCUGACCACCACGGCCAAAGUUCGGCCUAGGAAACUUGGAUUUUCACAUUUUGGAAACAUGAGAAAAAAGAAGUUUGAUGAAUCUACAGAUUACAUUUGCCCCAUGGAGCCUGGAGAUGCUGUCAGUGACAGCCACAGGGUCUACGGUGUCUACAGGGGUCUCAGUCCCCUUGAUAACCAUGAACUAGAUGGUUUGGACCAGGUGGGACAGAUAAGCUGACGCCCCUGUCAUCUGCCUUCUCUGUGCACGGAGAGCUCGCAGUAACACCGUGUGUCACCACAUAACUGCACUUCACCCUCGUUCUUGUGCAUGACCUGCAGAAAACAAUUGUGUCUUUGGGCUGGUCUCACUACACACCGUAAGGAUGGUCAGGAUAUGCAGUUAUACAGCCACAAAGGGGACAGACUUUCUGGAACUAUAGCCAAAUGUGGACUCUGGGAAACCACCUGGAGACAUUUGUAGAUGUUUAGUAAUUCAUAGUAUCCAUAUUUCAGCUGGAAACACAUGAGCAGAGGCAGGCCCUGGGCAAUCACAAAAGGUUCAGUUCUCAGACACUGCCCCUAUACUUCAGUCGAGGAAAGAAUUCAAGUGCCUUAGACCUGUGAGACACAAAGCCUUGGCUGAGAUCAAAGUGCCAACAGCGGAUGUUUAGGCCAUAGUGACAAUGUAAUUUGAUUGUAACUUACUAUAGGGUGGCCACUUGUUUCUGAUAAUAAAAAAAUAUUUAUGUAGAAA